UCCGGUUGUGCAUUCUCCCCGCGGAUCAGCGUCACGAUCACAGGUGAUACAGAUACAUCGGGCGUUGAAUGACGGGGUGAAAUCUCGCGGCGAGUAAUACCCGACGUUCUUGUGAUUGCACCACUCGUCGUCCUUCUUUUACUCGCUAUAUUUAAGGAUAAUUGAUAAGAGGAAAGUCCAAAAUCGCGCGUCACGAUGGAGGCGAUCAAGAAAAAAAUCGCGGCGUUGAAACUCGAGAUGGAUGCCGCGAACGAGAAGGUCGAAACCAAUGAGACGAAAGCGAAACAAGAAAAUAUAAGAGCAGACAGGCUGAAUGACGAUCUUAGAGAUCUGCAGAAACGACUUGUCCAAUUGGAACGAGAUUAUACUAUCGCCAAAGCUAACUUGGAACAAUCAACCGCUGAUCUAGAGCAGUGCGAAAAAUCUUGGUCCAGAGCUGAGCAAGAUCGUACCGUUUUAACGAAGAAAGUGCAGGAGAUCGAAGCGAGUCUCACCAAAAAGGAGGAGCUGCGUCUUUCCGCCACACUAAAACUGGCACGUGCGACCGAACUCGCGGACGACGCGCAGAGAAUGUGUAACGUCCUGACGGAGAGGAGUCGCUUGGACGAGGAACGUAUGGAGAAGCUGAUGUCGGAAUUAAAAGACGCAAGAUUAAUCGCCGAAGACGCUGACGCGAAAUCCGACGAAAUAGCCAGGAAAUUACAAUUUGUGGAGGAGGAGUUGGAAGCUGCUGAAGAAAGAGUGAAGACUAGCGAAGCAAAAAUCGUGGAACGCGAGGACGAGCUCUUCAUUGUACAGAAUAUCGUAAAAUCCCUUGAAGUAUCCGAGGAGAAGGCAAACCAGCGAGUAGAAGAUUUUAAGCUGCAGCUGAAAUCUUUGAAAAAAAAACUGAAGGAGGCAGAGAAGCGUGCAAUCACCGCCGAAAGGACGGUCAAGGCGUUAUUAAAGGAAAUGGACAUGAAGGAAGACGAACUCAGAGAAGAAAGGGAAAAGUACAAGGCGGUCUGCGACGACAUGGACGCGACAUUCGCCGAGAUGACAGGCUAUUAACAUCUUGCGGACAGACUUGAUUUAACUCUCGCUGCUACUCAUCCUACGCUUCCCUCCGCUUAUUCGCUAUCUUUUAAUAUUCAUUAGUUCGGCUCGUUGUGCUUAAAAGUCGCUUAAAUGCCGUUCGUUUUGUUGUACGGAGAGCCGUGAGCGAUAUUAGAAAUAAUCUGCUUCGCGCAAUAAUAUACUGAUGGACAAGGCAAUGCAAUGCGACUUGUUACUAUAACUGCUUCGCUUCGUGUAAUAUCUUGCCAAGAUCGAACAACUAGUUCAUGGUCGCUUGUUGUUCACUAUGUCGAUCAAAGAUUCACAAUUUCAUCUAUUUCUUUUUCUUUCAGAGGCGUUGGAGGGAUUUAAUGUCGUACGCGCGAGCGAGGCCAUGAUAUCGCGCAUCCUUUUUACCAUUCAAUGUAAAAUGUGUA